GACGCAUGUGUGGUUCCGGGGCGCGCUGCUGAGCGUAACGUUGUGUCGGAGUUUACACUUUGUUUGAUUUUUAAUAAUUAUUACAGAAUUAUGUACGACCAAGACGAAGAUAAUCAAUAUGAUGAAGAUGAGGAUGAAAUCACUCCAGAUCUGUGGCAGGAAGCGUGCUGGAUCGUCAUCAGCUCUUAUUUUGACGAGAAGGGUCUGGUGCGGCAGCAGCUGGACUCGUUCGAUGAGUUCAUUCAGAUGUCGGUUCAGAGGAUCGUGGAGGAUGCUCCGCCCAUCGACCUGCAGGCUGAAGCUCAGCACACCUCAGGAGAGGUGGAGGAACCGCCUCGUUACCUGCUAAAGUUUGAGCAGAUCUACCUGUCCAAGCCCACCCACUGGGAGAGAGACGGAGCCCCAUCCCCCAUGAUGCCCAACGAGGCCCGACUACGAAACCUAACGUACUCAGCCCCCUUGUAUGUUGACAUCACAAAGACGAUCAUAAAGGAGGGCGAGGACCAGCUGCAGACGCAGCACCAGAAAACCUUCAUCGGUAAAAUUCCCAUCAUGCUUCGCUCCACCUACUGUCUGCUGAGCGGGUUGACAGACCGUGACCUGUGUGAACUCAACGAGUGUCCGCUCGACCCCGGAGGUUAUUUUAUCAUCAAUGGCUCCGAAAAGGUGCUGAUCGCUCAGGAGAAGAUGGCCACCAACACAGUGUACGUGUUCGCCAAGAAGGACUCAAAGUAUGCCUACACGGGCGAGUGUCGCUCAUGUUUGGAGAACUCAUCCCGUCCCACCAGUACCAUCUGGGUCAGCAUGAUGGCCCGAGGAGGACAGGGUGUGAAGAAGAGUGCGAUCGGUCAGAGGAUCGUGUCCACGCUGCCGUACAUCAGACAGGAAGUUCCCAUAAUCAUCGUGUUCAGGGCGCUGGGCUUCGUGUCCGACAGAGACAUCCUGGAACACAUCAUCUACGACUUUGACGACCCCGAGAUGAUGGAGAUGGUGAAGCCGUCUCUGGAUGAAGCGUUCGUGAUCCAGGAGCAGAACGUGGCGCUGAACUUCAUCGGCUCGAGAGGAGCAAAACCGGGCGUGACGAAGGAGCGCCGAAUCAAAUACGCCAAAGAAGUUCUGCAGAAAGAGAUGCUGCCACACGUCGGAGUCAGCGACUUCUGUGAGACCAAGAAGGCCUACUUCCUCGGGUACAUGGUGCACAGGUUGCUGCUUGCGGCUCUCGGCAGACGGGAGUUGGACGACAGAGAUCACUACGGCAACAAGAGGCUGGACCUUGCAGGGCCGUUAUUGGCCUUCCUGUUCAGAGGGAUGUUUAAAAACCUGCUGAAGGAGAUCAGGAUCUACGCUCAGAAGUUCAUCGAUCGGGGGAAAGACUUCAACCUGGAGCUCGCCAUCAAAACCAGAAUCAUCUCUGACGGACUCAAGUACUCGCUCGCCACGGGGAACUGGGGCGACGUCAAGAAGGCUCACCAGGCCAGAGCAGGGGUGUCACAGGUGUUAAACCGACUGACCUUUGCCUCCACUCUGUCUCACCUUCGUCGAGUGAACUCUCCCAUCGGAAGAGACGGAAAAUUGGCGAAACCCAGACAGUUACACAACACGUUGUGGGGGAUGGUGUGUCCGGCCGAGACGCCCGAAGGUCACGCUGUCGGUCUGGUGAAGAACUUGGCCCUCAUGGCGUACAUCUCUGUGGGCUCUCAGCCGUCUCCCAUCCUGGAGUUUCUGGAGGAGUGGAGUAUGGAGAACCUGGAGGAGAUCUCACCCGCCGCCAUCGCAGAUGCCACUAAGAUCUUUGUGAACGGCUGCUGUGGAAUCCACAAAGAUCCUGAACAGCUGAUGAACACUCUGAGGAAGCUCAGAAGACAGAUGGACAUCAUCGUGUCUGAGGUAACAAAACACCGAAACACAACGUCAAAUUUACAGCCCGAUCUUUCCAUCUUUAACAGACUCACAAACAACAGAGCACCACGCUACCACACACGCUAAACUCUGAA